AUGGCAACUUCCCUGCGCCAGAGGGUAUCAAAUGCCGACACGUCGAAGGGAGGUCGGGCUUCUCUCGUCCCGAGCGAUCACUUAGAACUGAGCGUCGCGUAUGAGAGCAACGCUUUUGGUACCUCCCGCGAGUCGGGACUACAUGAGGAACAGAAGCGGCCAGAUGAAGAGAUGGAGUUGCGCACCGCCUUGUGUGGGGCUUCGGACUUGAUGUUCACCGGUAAAGAACGCCCUAUGGAUUCGUCGGACCUUAUGCAUAAGCUGCAGACCGGUCUGGCGAACGGUGUGAGCCUUCUUCGAACAGCGUCAGAAGAACAACCGGGCAGCGCGCAAGAGCGACCGCUGACACUGCUACAAUGCGCUAUUCGUGCCGGUAAUCUAGAUGCCGUGCAGACAAUUGCACAAGCAAUGACACAGCAAGAGUGGACUGCGCACGAGGUCGUGACCGAUACGCUGCUGUUUGCUUUACAGCACCUUGUGCAAGCGGAGACAAGUACGAGGAAGGUUUCGUGGGCUGCGUCGGAACACGACCAGCGCGAUGAAACAGGUCUGCGCGGCAUUGUGGAUCCUGCUUCUGCAGAACCUGCUAACUACGAAGUUCCACGCGGCGGCCCACAGUACGAGGAAAUAGUGAAUUUCCUGCGCCACAAUUUUUUGCCACACGUGAGCUCCGCUCGGGCGCUGGACUCCUUGCUGAAACUGCCACCACGGGUUGGUGUCUUCUCGCCAGUCCUUUCUGCUACACCACGGGCUCACGGUGACGAAGCCAUGCUCGACUCUCCCGAUGCAACCGCCGGUGGCUCGUGGUUUCCUCAAACAUGCAGUCUGG